AUGGCGACCAAUGAUCUUUACAGUUCUCCAUAUCUUGUCGACUAUUACGACCUAGUCGCCCCAAAGUCGGAGUCUAUCGACGAUGCUUCGCUUUACUGGAAGGUCUAUCAAGACCUCCGGUCCCCUCUUAUCAGGGCGCCCAGGGAGCCCUUCGUGAUCAUGGAUGUUGGAACGGGUACCGGUCGCGUUGUCCAAGGUCUUUCGAACAGCGCAGCUCUGCUCGGCGAUGACUUCUUCAAUACGAAAGUCCUGGGGGUUGACAAUGCCCAGCAUAUGCUGGACAAAGCUGCCGAUAAUCUGGAUCCUCUUUUCAAAGAACAUGUCUCUUGGAUUCUAGGGUCUGCACUGGACCUUGAGAGCGUAAUGGUUCAAAGUGGAUAUAGAAAGGUUGAUCUACUGAUCUUCUCUAUUGGGUCCAUCAGCCAUUUAUCUGAGAAGGGCCAGCCAGAGAAGUUUUUGGAGCAAGUCUCCCGUGUACUUUGUCCAGGCACCGGGCGAGCCUACGUCUCCAUAUACGAUGGGUCGCUCCUCGAAAAGAGUGAGCAAGUCACUUUCCAUCAACCUGAGGGUGUCACGGAGAUCAAAAGCCACGUUUUCCCCAACAUCAUGUACCGAGAGUCUAAUCAUCGCGGAGAGGUGCAAGACAAAAUCAAAGAUGUGACGUUUGAGCUUCAGGUAGUCGAACAGACGGAUCUAGGUGCUCAAGUUCUGGAAACUAACAAUAUCUCCAUGAAAAUGAGGCAGUGGGAGGAGGAUGAGCUAUUGACAAUGCUACCUGGGAGUGGUCUCAAAUUUCUCGAGAAGACGAGAGGCAAGCAUGAGACAUUCUAUGUAUUUUCAACUGCGGCAUCUGCGGCAUCUGCGGCAUAA